AUGCCGGCUGAGACUGAUUCCGACAUAAGCGCUGAAAAACCCAUCACCAACUACUCCGAUGUUGGUGGACAGUAUAAACAAGAGCACCAUGAACAUGGUAAUGGUGCUCUUUUUGAAACAACAAACUCGUCAACUAGCGAUUCGCUAAACCCACCUCCAAAAGAACAACUUGAAGAUUCAGAGUCAUUACAAUCAGAGCCUGAACGUGCUGACGGGGAACACGGUAAUAUUUUGGCUCAAUACACUGAAAAGCAGGUUAUGGCCAUGGGGAGAAAUUAUGCCACAAAGCAUGAUUUGGACCCAGAUUUGUUUGCUCGUGCAGCAGCUUUGGCUAGAGCACCGGGUGCGUUCAACUCAAUGCCAUUUUUGACAGACGAAGAGAAAUCAGGAUUAUAUUUGGAAGCUACCAAGAAGUGGCAUAUUCCAAUGAAGUUGGUUGCGGUUAUCGCCUUGGGAUCCAUGGCCGCUGCUGUGCAAGGUAUGGAUGAAUCAGUGGUUAAUGGUGCCACUUUGUUCUACCCAAAGGCUUUUGGAGUGGAUAAGAUGAAAAAUGCGGACUUGAUUGAAGGUUUGGUCAACUCAGCUCCAUAUUUGUGUGCCUCUUGUAUUGCAUGUUGGUUGACUGAUUUGUUUAAUCGUCACUUGGGUAGAAAAUGGACCAUUUUCUGGACUUGUGCAAUUUCAGCAGCUACUUGUAUUUGGCAAGGUUUUGUCAACAAUUGGUGGCAUUUGUUUAUUGCUAGAUUCUUUUUAGGAUUUGGUAUUGGUAUUAAAUCGGCUACUGUUCCUUCUUACGCUGCAGAAUGUACGCCAAAGCAUAUUCGUGGUUCCUUGGUUAUGUUGUGGCAAUUCUUUACUGCUGUUGGUAUUAUGUUUGGUUACGUUGCUACUUUGGCAUUCUACUACGUCCCAAAGAAGAGCUUCGGUACCGGAUUGAAUUGGAGAUUGAUGUUGGGAAGUGCUUGUAUUCCUGCCAUUAUUGUUUUAUUCCAAGUACCCUUUGUCCCUGAGUCUCCUCGUUGGUUGAUGGGUAAGGACAGACAUCAUGAGGCAUUUGAAAGUUUGAAACAAUUGCGAUACGAACCAAUUGCUGCAGCUAGAGAUUGUUUUUACCAAUAUGUGUUGUUAAAGGAAGAGGGUUCCUAUAAGAUUCCCACUUGGAAGAGAGUUAUUGAAAUGUUCACCCUCAGAAGAAACAGAAAUGGUGCCAUUGCUUCUUGGAUUGUUAUGUUUAUGCAACAAUUUUGUGGUAUCAACGUCAUUGCAUACUAUUCAUCAUCUAUUUUCAUCGAGGCCAACUUGAGUGAGAUUAAAGCUAUGUUGGCAUCUUGGGGUUUUGGUAUGAUCAAUUUCAUUUUUGCAAUCCCAGCGUUCUUGACUAUUGACAGAUUCGGUAGAAGAAACUUGUUGCUUUUUGCAUUCCCUAUUAUGUGCGUAUUCUUGUUGGUUGCAGGCUUUGGGUUCUUGAUUCAUGAUGACAAGGGUAAGUUGGGAAUGGUCACCACAGGAAUCUAUUUAUUCUCAUGUGUUUAUUCCUCCUCAGAAGGACCUGUUCCUUUCACCUACUCAGCAGAAGCUUUCCCAUUGUAUAUCAGAGAUUUGGGUAUGUCUUGGGCCACAGCAACAUGUUGGUUCUGGAACUUCAUCUUAGCAUUUACUUGGCCCCGCUUGAAGAAUGCAUUUUCUCCAACUGGUGCCUUUGGUUGGUAUGCUGCUUGGAACGCUAUUGGUUUCUUCCUUGUUUUGUGGUUCUUACCUGAAACAAAAGGAUUGACAUUGGAAGAAUUGGAUGAUGUCUUUGCUGUCCCAAUGUACACUCAUGCUAUCUACAGGACUAGAACUUUCCUUAGAGGGGUGCAAAUUCAUGUGUUGCGUCGCAAGAACGUGCCUGAAAUCCCACCAAUCUACGACCAUCAAAGAAUGGCUGUCACAAAUGAAGAAUGGAACGACAAGGCCGAGGUGUCUCACGUCGAGUGA